AUGGCAAAAUCUCCAGGCAUCCAGCGGUUCCCCGGCGAGACGUGCCGGGCGUCGUGCCACGUGCCAGGGAUACACCUGUGCCCGUACCGGCACAACGGCCGCGGCUACUUCGACGGCAUGGUCUGGAGCUCGCUGCUGCUCGUGGUCAAGGUCUCCGCCGUCUCCGCGCCGCUGGCGGACAUCCGCGCGCCCCUCAGCCCGCCGUGGUGGAUCGUGCUGCCCCCGGGCGUCGACGCCCUCCGGGGCCUCUUCUGGCUGGGCUACCGGGACGCGGCGCGCUUCUUCGCCAUCCCGCCCCCCAGCUCGAAGAAGCACAAGCGCCCCUUCGAGCAGUGCAGGUGCCGGAACGCCGCCUCGGCGCCUCGGCGGGCCUCCCCCGAGGCGCAGGACAGCAGCAGCGGCGACGCCCCCGAGGUGGACCCCCUGCUCAAGAGCCGCACGGCGAAGCACGACUUGGCGAGGACGCUGCUCGUCCGCGACGUGCCGCUGGGCCCCGAGGGGGUCCGGCUGCCGGAGCGGGACCCGGCGACGGGGCAGCCCGUCGAGGUUGGCAUUCCAUCUUCCAAGCCCAGCGCCCGCCAUUGCUGCAGCGCUGGCCUCCGUAACUUGCACACGUGCAUGCUGCUCUUUGUCUUCGUGCAGUGGUCUCAGUACACCAUCGCGACGCAUCAGAACGCGAUGGGCAUUCAGAACAUCGGGCUGACUGUCAGGAACGAGACAAACACUUUCAUCGUAAACAAGCAGGUGCUUCGGCCGGGCGACAACGUCCAGGUGGAGUACGCCGGGACGCAGGGGGAGGAGCUGGGCUGGCUCUUCGGAUGCUUGCAGGACGCCAGCGGAGAGCCGCCCCGCGGCUGGUUCCCCGAGGCGGUGGUGGCGCCUGCCGCGCCCAGGCCCCCCGCGGCUGCGACGCCGCACGCAUCGGCGGGCUGCGCCGCGCCGCCGCGCGAGAGCGCGCCGGCGGCUCAGGUGGCCUCCGCGCAGGCCCUUGCCCAGCCGAGGCAAGCGGUGCGAGCGUCUGAUGUUGCCAGCCUGGCCCAGCCCGCCCCCCAGCCGAGGCCAGCGGCACAAGUCGUCAAGCCUCCCGCUGAGAGGCCACAGCUGGCGGCGCAGGGUGUCCAGACUACCGCUGAGCCGCGAGCCAGCCCAGUCCAGCCUGCUCCCCAGCCAAGUGCGGUGUCGCAAACCGUCCCGCCGCCUGCCGGGCCGCGGGCCAGCUUUGCCCAGCCCGCUCCCCAGCCGAGGCCAGUUGCAUCAACCAUCCCGCCGCCUGCCGGGCCGCCGGCCAACCCCGCCCGGCCCGCUCCCCAGCCGAGGCCAGUGGCGCAAGCCGUCCUGCCUCCUCCCGGGCCGCGGACCAGCCCCGUCCAGCCUACUCCCCAGCCGAGGCCAGUGGCGCACACCAUCCCGCCUCCUGGUGACCCACCGGCUGGCCCAGGCCAUCAUGCUCCGCAUCCAGGGCCACCAGCGGAAGCCGCCCGGCCAGGCGCUGAGCAGCGGGGCAGCCCCGUCCAGCCGCCUCCCCAGCCACGGUCUUUGGCGCAGGUGCCAGCCCCGCCCCCUCCCGCAACGCCCCUGGGCGCCGCUGUGCUUGCGGCCCCGCCGCGGCCCACGGCGUUGGGCACCGCCUUGCCA